AUGCAGUCAAAUAACUAUAUGCAGGCCGAAAGAUACACCAACAUUGAUGGAUCUCAUCCCUUUAUGAUAUGUGGUAUUUGUAAAGAAAUCGAGGCCAAGUAUCGAUGUCCAAAAUGCAAUGUGCACUACUGCUCUAUAGGCUGUUUCAAAGGACCAAAUCACAUACACACCGAAAAUGAAAAACCAGUUCAAAAAAAUGCAAAUGAUGAAAAAUCUAUUGAAAAUAAUAGUUCCGAUUUAUACGCCCGUAUCGCUUCAGAUACCCAAAUACAGUCGAUGCUCAAGUUCAAAUCUCUUCAGUUUCAUCUUUCUGUGAUUUUGAAGAUUCUUGAUGAUCCGCAGGUUUCUGGAGAACAAACUUCGGCAGGACGACGAGAAGUUGCAAAUGCAAAAUUGACCCAAUUACGAGAGGGAGGGGUUGAGGAAAAUGAGUUGGUGGAGGAUUUUGUUACGCGGGUAUUGGAGAUGAUGGAGGAGAGGAACUAG